ACAGACAGACAACGGUACGCCACACACCAUAACCGAGGACGGAGCCCGCGCUGCGAAAUCCUUGGUCCGGGACUAACUAAACGAAACUUGAACAGCUACGUGUCUCGGAUCUUUGGGCUAGUGCUGGUUAGUGCCUGUGCAGUUUUUGACGUGAGACCUUUCGAGCCUAAGUUCUAUUCGUACCGGUGACGACGUGUGAACGAUUAGCAUAGGCGAACGUUCGCCCCGCUGGCAUGUGGCGUUGUGCGGGGGCGAAUGAACCGUUCUUUCCGAAUUGAAAACAGUUGCUACCGAUUGAUUGACCCAGCGUUUCGAUAGAAGAUAGUUUUAUUGACCAUAGAGUAUUCGUUGUUUUAAGACCGAUCGAUUUUCGGCCCCGUGAUUUUUGCGAUUUGAUACUAAGUUCCACCAGCUUAUCGCUACGAUUUAUUUGCUCUCGUUGAUUUGACCACAAAUCUACUCCUUAACGGUUAAUGGGCGUUCAUUAAUUUUCGGUUGUUUGUUUUGUGCUUCAAGUACAAGCAGGUCACGUGACUCAGUGCGUUCGAAUCGUGAUCAUUCGUGCGUGUGAAACAGUGAAUAGUGCCGAAGAAGUAGAGAAAUGAUAAAUAAUUCUAAUUAGGAUAUAAAUGUUUAUAGUGAUCCCCUGGAAAAGUUGUACGGAUUCUUAUUAACGCCUAGUGCUAGUGAAAAGAUUAGGUUGACGUGGUUUGAUUUAUUUGGGCACGAGACUACAAAUCCGGAGUAUAAAACUCCAGGGAACAAACUGUGGAUGUGGACAACAUCGGAGGCGAGCUGAGCCAGCCACUUUCGUGAUAUGGUUGACAUCGAAUUAAUGAUGCCAGGCAGCAGUGGAGACGAAUCGGACUCCUCGCGUGGAGCACCCACCAAUUUAGAAGUGCCUCCGGGGUUGCAGGUUGUCCCGUUGAAUCAGCUUCACCACCAAAGUAAUGGCAAUGGUUCUGUAGUAGAUGAAUUAGAACAGAGGAAGCGACGAAAGCAGUUGCACACUGUGGAACAGUUCGUGGAGCAGAUGGCUCGGCUUCAACAAGCGCCGCCUGAUCUGGACAUUCACAGCAGCUCGGUGGUGGCUAGUAAACCUAUCUCCAAAGGCACCCAGUACGGACCGUUUCUGGGGCUUCAAUUUCAGUUCAUGAACCAGCACGGCUGGCUGGAUGCGACGCUUGAAACAACCAACUGGUCAAGAAAGAUCCGCAGCGCCAGCAGUUUGGCGGAAGUAAAUGUGCAAGAACACGUCAAGGACGGUUAUCUAUGGUACGAAGUCAUAUGUGAUAUCUGCCCCGGGCAGGAACUGGUCAAGAGGCCUCCCAGAGGGAUCCCAGUGCACCGGGGGGAAAGCUUUGAUGACAGAAGCGAUCGUGGUUCAGGAUCCCAACAUAGUGAGGCUUUUGAGGACACGUAUAAUACGUCGGCGGAUUUCGAUUCUAGUCAUAAGGAUCAGUUGCAUCAUCUUAACAAUAAUAACACAAGUAGCAGUCAUCUUAACACCACUGGCAGCAGUGUCGACCAGAGCAGUCGUAAUUGCAGUAGCAACAGUAACAGUAACAGCAACGGCCACAACGAGCAGGACAUCAACGUAAACGGUGACGACGACGAAGACGAGGAGGGGAUCGACGCUCGUUGCGUCGUUUGUGACCAAAAGUGUCAGGAUAUCGAUCAGCUCGACGAUCACUUGGUGAUCUCGCACCAUUAUCCGAAGAACGCCUACCGGUGCGAGCUCUGUCCACGAGCGUACUGCUAUCGACCGUCAUUGCUGCGACAUCGUGCCAUCGUACACGGCGAAGUCAAACGAUAUCCGUGCGAAAAUUGCCCGAAGGUCUUCACCGAUCCAUCGAACCUUCAGCGACACAUUCGUACCCAUCACGUGGGUGCCCGCAGUCACGCCUGCCCCGAGUGCGGUAAAACCUUUGCGACCAGUUCCGGACUCAAGCAGCACACGCACAUACACUCCUCGGUCAAGCCGUUUCAGUGUGAGUUUUGCUUCAAGGCGUACACGCAAUUCUCGAACCUCUGUCGGCACCGACGAAUGCAUGCCGACUGUCGCGUUCAGAUCAAGUGUAACAAGUGCGGCCAAAGUUUCAGCACCGUAUCGGCUCUCUCCAAGCAUAAGCGAUUCUGUGAUUCGACAUCCGUCAACGGAGGACCGCUGCAUCCAUCCACGGCAGCCGCUCAGCAGCAAACAUCUGGCGUUCCGAAUCUACCGCACAACAUGGCCACACCACCCAAUCCGUUCCUCAUGUUCUCCGGGAAUCCAUUCUUCCCACCCGGCUUUCGACCGUACCCCGGAAUGCCGGGUAUUUUCCCUCCGAAUCCUGCACAAGCAUCACAGUUUCCGCUGUCGUUCUUUCCGAAACCAAAUCCCAGCCCGAUGGAAAUGGAUCGCAAAACACCCUCUCCACGCCAUCUGAAUUUGAUGGCGCAAUACGGUCAGCAAGCGAUGAAAAUUUCUCCGCCAACAGCGGAAGAAGCCACCAAUCAUAUGCGACCUUCUCCGGCACGACCCAUUCCGGUUAAUUUCAACUCCAUCCCAUCGAUGACAUCUACGCCGAUUCAGACGGGUGCUGCCGCAGCCAGUACCACCACAAGUUCCGCGUUGGCCGCUUUCAACAACAACAAUAACAACAAUCACAUCAAAGCAGAGCCGGUUCUGAAUUGUAGCCGUGAAAACGGUUCGCUAGACAGCAGUCUUCCCUGGCGUAGCGCAGAUGCUCACAGCUCCGAAGAUGAGCUUCCGUCGGCUGGAUCGAUCCGUGUGAAGGACUUCUCGAUGCACUCGGCGAUGGCUGCGGUCGACAAGCUAACGGACAUCACCCCAGAGCGUCGUACAUUGUCGUCACGGAAACGCUCGAUCGAUGUGGUAAAAGAGGAAGACGACGCUGACGAUGACGACGGUGACGAUGAGGACGACGGUGACGAGGAGCGACGAUGGAACGACGAGCAGGGAAGCGAUGCGGAGGUGCCUGUUGAGUUCACCAAAGAAUCAUCAACGGAACAACCGCUCGAUUUGAGCGUUGCAAAGAAACGGAAACUUACGCACAGUCCACCUACCGCGGAGGUAGCAACACUGUCACCAACACCACCAGCGCCUACUCCGGAGCCGGUUCCAGUGAGUACACCUCCGAAAACCGCCGUUUCGCCGCACAUGACCGCACCGAGUCCAUCGCCGUCACUGUCACCGCGUCCGUCAACGUCUCCUUCGUCGCCGGGCGCUCAGCAGAUCUCCUACCCAAGGCCCAUUUAUCCGAUGCUACUGGAGGCUAUGUACCGGCCGGGGAUCCCGAACUUUCAGCGGCCACCAUUCAAUUUUCUGGGAUCCCUUGGACCGAAUUUUGAGUUAUUGAAGCGAAGUGCUGCCUUUCCACCGAAACCAUUUCACGAGGCCAUAAUGGCUGCCGGCGGGCUGACCGGUAGUGGCAAGGUCAAGGACCGUUACUCGUGCAAAUACUGCGGCAAAAUUUUUCCUCGCUCGGCUAACCUAACCCGGCACCUGCGCACUCAUACCGGUGAGCAGCCCUACAAAUGUCGGUACUGUGAACGGUCAUUUAGUAUCUCUAGUAAUUUGCAGCGUCAUGUGCGUAAUAUACACAACAAAGAACGCCCGUUCAAGUGUCAUCUGUGCGAGCGCUGUUUCGGUCAGCAGACGAAUCUCGAUCGGCAUCUGAAAAAGCACGAUGCUGAUGCAGCAGGGCUCGGCAUUGGGCUAGGAGAUUCGCCCUCGUCCAACGAGGCUGAGCGGGAGGAUACGUGCUUCGAUGAAAUCCGUUCGUUUAUGGGCAAAGUGACAUACGCAGGUGCGGCUGGGUCACACCAUUACGCAGGACAUCUGUACACUCCGAUCGAUGUGACGAGCGUUGAACCGGAAAUGGAGGAUGGAUCCAGUGAUGUGGAAAGCGAUAUUAUCAACAUUGUCUCGGACAAGGAACCGAUGAACAAUAACGGGACGAUAGAAGUUUCAACAUAAGAAAAUGUUUUGUUUCUGUAAGGACCGAAGUAUGCAAAUUUGUGUGAGUGAGUGUAAAUCGAGCUGUUGAAUGGACCAAACCAAAAAUAUCAAUCCCCAUUAGCGGUCCUACUAUUAAUCUAUGAUUUGUACAUAUUUAAGGACCCAAUAUGCUGUAGACUAUUCAAAUCUAAGCUCACUAUUAGCAAAUUAAUCUAACAUCAAGUGCAUAACCAUUGACCAGGCUCACUGAAUAGUUUUAAGCGUAAAUUUACUUAAAUCUUAACAUUAAGCUCAAAUUAGUUGUAAGAAACACUGUGUACAGAUACAACACCCCCUAAUCGUAGAACAAAUAUUUUCGGUGAUAUUGAUAUUGUUUUUAUAAUAAAUUUUCAUUAGUCAGUAUGAAAGUUAAACUUUUGCAAACACACUUAAAAGAAUUUAGUUGAUACCAAAAAAAUACAAAUAUUGCACGUCUAGAGCACAGUUAUCAGUAGAAGAAUUUUAUAUGCGUUCUUGUAAUGAAAUUUGGUUUACAUUUUGUAACUUAUUAUGUGCGGUUAUAUGAGAGAGAACUAAUAUAAACACAUUUUUUAUAUCUAAGACAAAAAAAAAACAGGUGGACAUUUCGAGAUCGCAAACAAACUCACUGCAAACUACGACUAAAUACAAAACAUAUGAAAUGAAUUGUUAGUUAGUUCUAACCACAGCAAACCCUUACUUUAAGCGUAAUUUUUCAAUCAUUCAAAAUAAAUCAAUUUCAAUGACAAAAAGUUA